UCGGAAGCUAUUUUGAUGGCGUCCACAGUGACUUUCUGCGUGUUCUGUAAAUGGUCUCAAAUAUUCUGAUAUUCAAGGGUACAAUAAUAAGUGGACUUGGCAAUGCGUACUACAGGUUUGAAUUGAAAUAGCAACUUAGCUAGGUAUUAUCCGAAAACCUUCACGCCAGACUCUACAAGAUAGUCUUGCUACAGGUUAUUCGUGAACGCUAAGAAAUGUCUUCUUGACAAAACCAGCUUAGAGCUUUUGCCCGUUUAGUCGGGGCUUUUAUUUUGUCUUAGGUGUAACGUUUAUUGUUGUAGUAAGAGGACUCCAAGGUGAAUACAGGUUGACCCAAUAACGGGGUUAUAACUGUAAUAUAUAGAGAUAUAAAGAGCCGACUUACGAGUAGGGUUCUGGAGGGAAGUUGCUAGCUUUUAGCUGGCUACUAUUGUAGCUAGCUGAAGCUGGACUCAGUUUUAUCAAAGUCGUUUGGAUCUGGACUUCCAAGUUUGUGGACCAAUUUCACAUUAUUAUAACAUACGUUUGGAGACUUACUGCGUCGAUCUUUACGUAUCAACAUGCUGAAAACUCGUCAGUGUUUACUUGGGAUAAGGAGUUUUCUUGGAGUGGCGUCCAGAAUAUGGGGAUUCAUUUUGUACAUACUCAGGAAGCACUUAAGAACGAUAAUUCAGUAUCAAACAGUGCGCUAUGACAUAUUACCUCUAUCACCUGUGUCUAGAAACAGACUGAAUGCUGUGAAACGUAAGAUUCUGGUGCUGGACCUGGAUGAGACGCUGAUCCACUCACACCACGAUGGGGUUUUGAGACCCACGGUCCGACCUGGCACGCCACCAGACUUUAUUCUCAAGGUGGUAAUAGACAAACAUCCAGUGAGGUUUUUUGUGCAUAAAAGGCCACAUGUUGACUUCUUUUUAGAAGUGGUAAGCCAAUGGUAUGAGUUGGUUGUGUUCACAGCUAGUAUGGAAAUCUACGGAUCAGCAGUAUCUGAUAAAUUGGAUAAUAACAAGGGCAUUCUGAGGCGAAGAUACUACAGACAGCACUGCACUUUGGAUCUAGGUAGCUAUAUUAAGGACCUGUCAGUGGUGCAUAAUGACCUAUCCAGUAUAGUGAUACUGGAUAACUCUCCUGGAGCAUAUCGAAGCCACCCAGACAAUGCAAUACCAAUCAAAUCAUGGUUCAGUGACCCUAGUGACACAGCACUUUUAAAUUUGUUGCCGAUGUUGGAUGCGCUACGGUUUACAUCGGAUGUCCGAUCCGUCCUCAGUCGAAACCUACACCAGCAUCGACUGUGGUGAUUUCGUCCACUGGGGCCAGCCUUCUCUCCGAGCCCCGACUUAGGUUUUGUGAAAUGCCUCUUGCUGCCAUUCGUUAGCCCCUUAAGCCCUCCAUCCACUACUGAAGCCAUCAGCCCUUCAUCUCCAUACCACUUCUGCUGAGGUAGUGGAGUGCAAAGAGUUUGAGGAAGAUGGAGGAUAACGAUUUUUAGAGACACUUAUGGACUCUUACCACUGGGGCAUAGAGGCCUGCGUUUAUGUUUUUUUUUUUCUAUUGUCCAAAAUGGAAACUUUGCCUUACAGUCAUGGGAUUCUGAGUGUGCAUGUUGAGUAUUUGUGCGAGAGUGCUUGUGUUACAGCAUUUUUUUAGUUUCUUUUUUUUAAUACAGAAGAAACAACCGUGGCAAGUCGGUCCCCUGUCACUAUCAGGGUUUACCUGUUCAGCACUUAUUUCACCCCUGAUCUUUAUAAGUCCAAGUUUUACACCUUCCCCAGUGCUGAUCCUUUCCUGUCCUCAGCCUCUCGCUGACCGCCAUGCUCAGGUAGAGUCAUGUCAUUGGUCCCCAUCACUGGAAAGUGAUGAACCAUUAAGUAUUUUUAAAUUUUGAUUUUCUUUUUGUCCAUAGUAAUGAGCUGUGGUUCAAAUCUCAAUGGAUGAGUUAUGAGCAAUAUCAACUAUUUAUCUUAUGAUAUUGAUUUUUAUUGAGAACUCGCUUUGGCAGAAUCUAAGAAGAAUUGUAAUAAUUUGUAAGUGGAAAAACAUAAAGACUAUUUUUACUGUGGUAAAGGAUUUCUGUUCUCUCCCCAGAAAUCAACCAAAAAAUGAAUAAAUAAAAGAAUACAAUUUUUGAGUU